UGAUGAAAGUGCAGCAGCAUACCCGUGACGUGCAGGGGUCAGAAGGAGAUCAGGGUCUCCACUGAGCCAUGACCCUUGGGCUGGGUACUCACGUCCCGCUUGAGUACUACCCCACAGGGUUGCUGUGAGGAUCAGAAGGAGGGGAGGAGACAGGUAUGCAUUCGUUGGAAGAAUUCACAGAAGAAUUCACUCGUCACACCGUUCGUCAGCUUAAGAGGCUCCUUCAUGCAAGACAUGAUGGCGACGCUCGUUGACAAGACUCCUGGCUAGCCUCUCCCCUUAAAAACACCCUCCAAACAGCUGACAUCAGCUGCUGGAAGGGAUGUCACGUGGCAACAAGUAAACAAGAGCACAAGGAGACCCCUCCCUCCUUUCCUGCUCUAGUUUCUGUGAAGGAAGGGAAAGAAAGUUGGUUUUGGACCUUGACUUCCUUGCUGGCUCGUGUGGGGCAAAGGCGUGGAACCGAAGCAACGCCCAAGAGAGCUGCCGACAUGGAGCCCAGGUGGGCCCGCUUCGUCCCCCUCCUCUAUAUUCUGUUCUCCUCAGUUCAGUCGUGUGAAAUCCCCAACGGGAAAGUGAAGCCCAUCAACUCUUUGAACACGGAGCUCUUGCAGUUAGCUGGAGAUGUUUCCCAAGAGCCCAGCCCAAGCCUCUACCUGGGCCUCCGUCUUUCCGACGAGCACAGCCUGGAGAAGGAGAAGCAGUACCUACAGCGGCUCAAGGAGGCCUUUCAGCCCAACAUCAGCAGAACGUCUGCUGCCGUCCACUACCAAGAGCAGCCGGGCACCGGUCUGCUGGCCCUCUACCUCCUGGCCCUGCGAGCCGCCUGCCACAGCAUGGAGACGCCGGAGGGGAACUGGCUGAUCACCCAGCUGAAGCUGCAUUUGCACAAGGAGAAAGAGCGGAUAGGCCACAGAGGCGACGGCGACCCCAUCACCAACUACUACCAGUACAGCCUGGGAAUCUUGGCCUUGUGCGUCCACAAGAAGAAGAUUGAUGAGCACGUGAUACACAAACUCUCGCACGCCGAGGAGCAUGGCAGGUUUCAGCACAACGGCGAUGUCUCUGUGGACACAGAGGCAAUGGCUGGCCUGGCCUUUGUCUGCCUGCAAGAGGCCCCCUUCUACACCCCUGAGCUCAAGGGGAAACUGGACCGCUCUCUCCAGAGGGUGAAGGAGAAGAUCCUGCAGGCUCAAACCUCAGAAGGAGCUUUUGGGAACAUCUACAGCAGCCCCUUGGCUGUCCAGUUUCUCAUUGCUGCGAGGAUGCGUCAGAAGAAACCGGAAUGCCCGGUGGCCAUGGCGGCCCUCUUUCGGAGCUUGGAGCAGGGAGAUUUCCGAAACAGCCUCAUCAAGUCGCAGCUGCUGCCCGUGCUUUAUGGCAAGAGCUACCUGGACAUCACCCGCCAGGAGUGCCGGGCGGAGAGAGGCGGUCCAGAAGAGAGUCUGGUCCUCGCCGCUCCAACUUCUGCCUCUAGGAAGACUAACCUGGGAGAAAAAAGAAUCGGGGUGCAGUUGGUGGUGAAGCGCCCUCCACGCCGGCUGCCUUUGUACAAGCACAUCCUUUCUGUCCCCACGGGCUCGUCCCUGCUGGAGGUCCUGGAGGCGGCCAAGGGGCAGAGCCAUGUGCCAUUCAUGUUUGAGACCCAGAGCACUCUGUCUGGCCCGAUGCUCACUAGCGUGAUGGGGGUAAAAGCUCAGGAAGGAGAGCGCAAGUACUGGAAGAUUAUCCGGGCUCCAAAUUUCAUCCUGGAUGAAGGCAUUGCUGACUAUAUCCCCAAACACAAAGAAACCAUCAUCUUAAGAUUCAUGCCGUGGUAAAGACUGUGCUCCCCUGCCGCCAUGGGAGUGCCAGGUCUCCAACGAAAGCAGGAAUAUGUACUGUGUCAAUAUCACACUGGAACCUCUUCCUCUUUUCCCUAACAGUGCUCUGGUGAAAGACAGUCCAUAAUCAGCCCCCCCCACAAGGAAACCCCAAAGUGCAGGCAGCUGGAUUGAUCUGUCUCCACCAAUGAGGAGCGGGCCUUUUGUACAGUUAAUGGCUCUGAAGGGUGCAUCCAGAGGCCAACCUGCCUCGAAUCCUCUGCUUUUCCUCCUGGCUGGCUUGCAGCCGUUCUUUCUCAGCCAAGCACACAAGGGGACGGGAAGGGACGUCAUAGCUGCCUCCGCUCAUCAGAAAGUCCUAAGCCUUUGACCUCGGGAGCCCUGGAUCCACCAGGCCUCUGUUGUUCCUUAAACGAAGAAUGGGAAGCUUAAGCCUUUCAGAAGCCUUGUUCGCUGCCAGAAGAAAGAAAGAAUGGUCUCACCAAAGAAUCCUUUUUCUCUGGAUGCUAAUGAAACUGAGGACAUCUGCCUGCCUGGCGCGGGACAGGAGACGGGAAAUGAAUGCCGAUGUACCUGUUGGAUCAUGCUGGUGUAAGGUGGUCGCACCCAGCCCGUGUCAGGCCACCUGUGCAGCUGGGAUCCCUUGCCAAGGUGCGGGCGCGGGCGAGGUGGGACAGCCUCCUGGGGCCGCCUCUCGAGUUCCACGGUGCCUCUCGGAUCGUUCCCUGUCCAGGACGGGUCUCCUGAGCGCCAUUCCCCGGUGCCAAAAGAAAAGAACCAUGAAUUGCGAUCCUGAAUGGUAGACUGUAAAAUCGCAGCGCCAGCCGUCAUGCAGAUGGUGAGGUUUUGAAACCGAGCAAUAAACACGGAGAUCUCUUUC